GUUGUUCAGCCUUUUUAUUUUUUCCCCCAGGAAUCGGGUUAAUUCUGGCUUCUCCCUCUGUCACCUCGGUGAUCUCCCACGCCCGCCCGCGCCGCUCCACCCCCGCCUUGCCGCGCCCGUCCGCACCGCCGCUGACGGCCCGCCCCCGCCGCGCUCCCAUUGGCGGAGAGCUCGGAGUGGGCGGAGCGUCGACGGCGACACGUGUGCCGGCACCAGGAAGUGGCGCGGGGCCGCAGCCGGGGUUCGGGGCCGGACGGUGCUGCCGUUCCCUGAGCACUCAGCAUGAUCCCAGGGCAGGGCCCGGUGCUGCAGGCGGUGCUGGGGACCCUCCUCACCUGGGGGCUGACAGCUGCUGGCUCAGCAUUGGUGUUCAUCUUCUCCAGCGGGCAGAGGCGGAUCCUGGAUGGGAGCCUGGGCUUUGCUGCAGGGGUCAUGCUGGCUGCCUCCUACUGGUCCCUCCUGGCCCCGGCUAUUGAGAUGGCUGAGCACUCUGGCAGCUUUGGAGCCUUCGCUUUCGUCCCCGUGGCCGUGGGCUUUGCUCUGGGAGCAGCUUUUGUUUUCUUUGCUGACCUGCUCAUCCCGGUGCUGGGUUUCAGCGGACCCCCCUCCACCAUGUUUGCCUUGAGCUGCGACCCGCGAGCGGCGAAAGAGAAGUGUGAGCAGGAUCCUGCCUGCUGGCCAGACCAUGAGAGCGAGCUGUCCAUCCGGAUAGGUAGAGCUGGGCACCAUCCAGAUAAGGCUGAGAACGGGGAGCCCUACCAGCGGAGGAGAGGUGUGGGGACCCCCGUGCCUGACAGCCCCCCAGCAUUCCCCACGGCCAGGGAUGCUGCCCUGACAGCCAGCAGCAGCAGCUGGAGGCGGAUCCUGCUGAUGAUCCUUGCUAUAACCAUCCACAACAUCCCAGAGGGGCUAGCAGUGGGAGUUGGAUUCGGGGCUAUUGGAAAAUCGGUGUCAGCCACCUUCCAGAGCGCCAGGAACUUAGCUAUUGGGAUUGGCAUUCAGAACUUCCCUGAAGGCCUUGCUGUCAGCCUGCCUUUGCGUGGUGCAGGAUUCUCCACGUGGAAAGCAUUCUGGUAUGGGCAGCUGAGCGGCAUGGUGGAGCCCCUGGCUGGCAUCCUAGGAGCCUUUGCUGUGGUGAUGGCAGAGCCUCUCCUCCCCUAUGCCUUGAGCUUUGCUGCUGGAGCCAUGGUCUACGUGGUCAUGGAUGAUAUCAUCCCCGAGGCACAGACCAGUGGCAAUGGGAAGCUGGCUUCCUGGACCUCAAUACUUGGAUUCGUGGUGAUGAUGUCCUUGGAUGUUGGCCUUGGGUAGGCAGCUCGCUGCUCUCCAGGAGAAGACUUCACAGCAAUUCCCAUGGUGGCAUUUGGAACUGGACAUGUGUUAUGCUUUAGACUUUUUUGGUAUAUAUAUUUUUUUGAUCUGGUUGGUGUUAAUUUCCUAUAAUUUUAUAUAUCUCUUCCUCAUAACAUCAAGUCGAUGGUUUUCAAAGCACAAUUACGGAUGGUUCCUUGCAGGUCCUGGUUUCCUUUCGCCACCAGAUUUUUUUUCUCCAAGGUUAUUGUGAGACGUGCUGGCCAGGUUGCAGAUUUUGCUGCAGUUCUGGGGAGGUUUCAUUGAUUCAGGUCUCUCUUGGUUUUGAUCAUCCUUGUAGAAGAUUAGAAAUUCACUGUCGCGUGCUUAAGCUGGUCUGAGGUUAAGGACCAAAGUAUUUGAAUGCAGUAAACUCCUUAAGAGUCUCAAUUUCCAACUCCAGGCUUUGAAUGGUGGAGGUGGAGGUGUUAGGACUGGGAUGACACGUGCAGCACCCUGGGGGCAGCAGGUCUGGUGGAUCCUGCAGUGCUAGGAGUGUGUCACGGUGUUUGUUGGCUGUUUGAGAAGGCAGUGUGUGUUCACCCACAUUGCUGCUACGUGGUCGUUGUAUGGCACAAUGCAUUUCCACUUGGGCUCAUGGCCCAGCACUACCAAGCAGCUGCCAUUCUCCAGCUGCUGUGUUGGGUUGUUUGUUACUGAGCAUAGUGCUGUGUUACCCUGAGCCUGGACCAGCUCUCGUCCUGCUGAGCAGCACUGGGAUGAAAUAACUCAUCAGUGUGUGUUAAUUAUCCACCCAUACACCACGUUUAUCUGCCUCUUCAUCCUCUUCCUUUCAAGCAUCUCCUAUCCAACAACCACAGGGUGGUUGAACCCAUGCUUAAGUGGGGAGCAGAAUGCAGGUGUGGGGAGGUCCACACUCUAGGGCUGCUCUGUUUUUCAGGAAGGCUAAUGAGGCCCUCCAGCAGGAGUAACUGGAUGGCCUGGCAGCAUCUCAGCUGUACCUGCACCCAGCAGGGCUGCAGAAAGGCAGCAGGGGGAUGGGUUGGGUGAGCUAAGGGAGAGCCAUGCACUUCUGUUUGGUUUGUUAUUUUGGUUGGAUUCCAUUUGUACUUCAUUUGUAUGUCACUCUGGAUGAUACAAAACUACUGUUUGCCAAUGGAUUUGACCUUUUAACUGUGAUUGGUUUCAAUAAAUGGGAAAUUCAGC